AUGUACCACCGCGACUCUAACCCGGUCUCGUUCGUCAGCAGCACCAUCCCCUCAAGUUCUCCUGGGCUGCUCAGUUCCCCUCAACUCGUGUGCUCCCCAGCUUCCACUUCUACUGCUAGUACAGACCAUCCCGCUCACAGAUUUCGUUCUCGAUUUUGCGUGUACAACGUAGCUGGCGGGAAAGGGUGUCUAGACGGCGAUAGGUGUCCAUUUGCCCACUCGCCUUACCAACUAGCUCGUCCCAAGUCCUAUCUAUGCCCUUCUAAGGCCGGAUACUGUUGUGGUCGCAAGCCAUGUCCUUUCGCCCACGACGAAGCCGAGCUUGAAAAGUCCCCGAUGCCGGUGAUCAAGAGGCUCUGCAAGUACCUCGGUAGCUCUCAUGGCUGCAACUUGGGCGAUGGUUGUCGUAACGCUCACUCUCAUGAAGAGGUCGUGUCUGGUAUCCGACUCGCUGGCUCUAAUAGAGUCGAUCUUAAUAACGACUAUGUUCUCUCUCUUUAUCACGGCUGCCCUCAACCGAAGAGCACCAAGAAGUCCUCGGACGCUGCUACGAGUCGUGCUGCGAACAGUAUUGGUGGUCUCCGUAUUGAAUCGUACGAGUCCAAUCCCUCAGCCGAUCGCUCUCAGCCACUGCUCUGGUUGCCUCUAUCACAUUCUUCUUUGGGACCUUCUACGCCUCAGAGCCACAAUAGCUCAGAUAUCACUACUCCCUACGCUUGUCACAUCUCUGAUUCUAUGAACCGCGCCAUACUUGAGUCCGUCGCUGCUAGUGUUGUCGAAAACCACGUGCGCACUGUCGCUGUGGCUGAUAUACUAUCAUGUCUGAGCUUUCUUAUUGACAGUGGCUUCGAUUCGAAGGCCCUUAAUGAGUCGCUUGUUGAUUCUCUCUCUAAGUAUGAUCCCUAA